AUGACGAUUCUAACUGGCCAACCUCCUAGCGAGGCCAUCGGAUACUCUUUUGCCAAAGCCACAUCUGCCCCAGUCAGGGAGCACUCUUUCUACCCAUAUACCGACAACGGCGGUUCAACCCUAGGCAUCUCUGGCUCCGAUUUCGCGAUCCUUGCGGGAGAUACUCGCUCCGUUGCAGGAUAUAACAUCAACUCGCGUUAUGUCCCAAAGGUGUUCAAGAUUGGCGGUGAUGAUGAAACUGGUGAAGGCGCCCAUAUACUGUUGUCGGUCGUUGGCUUUGCAGCAGAUGGCCAGGCACUGAAGGAACGACUAGACGCGGUGGUGAAGAUGUACAAAUACCAACACGGAAAGUCUAUGUCUGUCAGGGCAUGCGCUCAGCGGUUGUCAACAAUUCUUUAUCAGAAACGGUUCUUCCCCUAUUACGUGCAUGCCAUCCUGGCAGGUUUGGAUGAGGAUGGUAAAGGCGCGUUGUACACCUACGACCCGGUAGGCUCAUACGAAAGAGAGCAAUGCAGGGCAGCAGGGUCUGCGGCAAGCUUAAUGAUGCCGUUUUUGGACAACCAGGUCAACUUCAAGAAUCAAUACAUCCCUGGGAGUGGCGAGGGGCAUGCUCUAGAGCCCAAGAAAGCGGAGCCGCUGCCGAGAAAGACUGUUGAACAGCUUGUGCGAGAUGCAUUCACUAGUGCCGUCGAAAGGCAUAUUGAAGUCGGAGAUGGUUUGCAGAUGAUGGUUGUCACAAAGAGUGGAAUAGAGGAAGUUUACUAUGGUUUGAAGCAGGAUUAGGCAUCCCAGUCCCAUGUCAAGCAACUUGCUACUCCGACUCAUUGUCAUUUUCGUCUGGGAGCAUUUGGCCCCUUGUGGAAGGAUACAAUCUAUAGUGGAGUGUGCUACCUCAUGCUUCUAAGGUGUCAUAGCAAUUAUACUCUGUUCAGAUCAUAUACCACC